UCUGCCUUACACUUCACCGCCCGACUCCCUCCAGUCAACACGAGACCAGAGGUCGGGUCCUAGUUAUUUUAGUCUAGUCGAGGCAGAGCAACACACACGCACCAUGAGGGAGAUCCUACACCUGCAGACUGGCCAGUGCGGUAACCAAAUCGGAUCCAAAUUCUGGGAGAUCAUCAGUGACGAACAUGGCAUCGACCCCAACGGUGUGUACCAGGGAGUGAGCCGAGACAUCGAAGAGCUGCAGCUGGAGAGAAUCAAUGUUUACUUCAACGAGGGUUCCGGCUACCACCACUAUGUUCCCCGUGCCAUCCUCGUCGACUUGGAACCCGGCACCAUGGACUCUGUCAAAGCCGGACCCUAUGGCCAGCUCUUCAAGCCUGAUAACUUCGUCUUUGGUCAGAGCGGCGCUGGUAACAACUGGGCCAAGGGUCACUACACAGAAGGUGCCGAGCUGGUGGACUCAGUGAUGGACGUGGUGAGGAAGGAGGCUGAGAACUGCGACUGUCUUCAAGGAUUCCAACUGGCACACUCCCUGGGUGGUGGUACUGGCUCGGGCAUGGGCACUCUCCUCAUCUCUAAGAUCCGCGAGGAGUACCCAGACAGAAUCAUGAACACUUAUUCCGUUGUGCCCUCACCCAAGGUCUCCGACACUGUAGUUGAACCAUACAACGCCACUCUCUCCGUCCACCAACUGGUUGAGAACACUGACGAGACCUACUGUAUCGACAACGAAGCUCUCUACGACAUUUGCUUCAGAACCCUCAAGCUGCAGAACCCGACCUACGGCGACUUAAAUCAUCUGGUCUCUCUCACCAUGUCCGGCGUCACCACCUGCCUCAGGUUCCCCGGCCAGCUGAACGCUGAUCUCAGAAAGCUAGCUGUCAACAUGGUACCAUUCCCUCGCCUCCACUUCUUCAUGCCAGGAUUCGCGCCUCUUACCGCCCGCAAAGCCGUCAGUUACAGGACUCUCAAUGUACCCGAACUCACCCAACAAAUGUUUGACGCCAAGAAUAUGAUGGCCGCCUGCGACCCCCGCCACGGACGAUAUCUCACUGUCGCUGCCAUCUUCAGAGGUAAAAUGUCCAUGAAGGAAGUCGACGAACAGAUGCUCAACAUCCAGAACAAGAAUACUCCUUACUUUGUUGAAUGGAUCCCCAACAACGUCAAGACAGCCGUGUGCGACAUACCACCUCGAGGUCUCAAGAUGUCUUCCACUUUCAUCGGCAAUUCCACUGCCAUUCAAGAGAUCUUCAAGCGCAUCUCCGAGCAGUUCACCGCUAUGUUCAGACGUAAGGCUUUCCUUCAUUGGUACACGGGCGAGGGCAUGGAUGAAAUGGAAUUCACCGAAGCAGAGUCCAACAUGAAUGAUUUGGUAUCAGAGUACCAGCAGUACCAGGAAGCAACUGUCGAUGACGAAGAGGACUUCGAAGAGGAAGAUGCUCAUGAAGAAACAGACUAAAUCAUAUGACGACAUCCCUGGAAGCCGAAAGGAAGGCUUUAAAAUGCUUCUUAGUGUCUCUUGAAUAUCACUAGAAAUACCUUAAAGUUCAGUUCUUUCCAAAAGACUUAAGUGACUGGGUAUUUGGAGAUCACUUACUGGACUUUUUAAAGUCUUAAAAAAUAUUCAAAAGAUACUGUGGACAAGUGGAGGUCUUGUAAGAGGUCAGUUUCUUAAAAUAUAAAGAACAAGCGGAGACUACGAGACAGCGUAUGUAAGAUUUCAUUUAGGUCUCGUGCAUAAUUUGAAACGUUUAUAUUUUACAGAGUAAAUUAUGAUUAACUUAAGCUUAAUAAGUCAUUUGAGAUCUUUAAAUGUCCUGUUUGAAUCUUUUGGAUAUGAUGUUCCUUAAGGUGCUCCCUCGGUCCUCAUCCAAUCAUGAUGUAAUAUCAAGGUAAACAUAUCCUACUGGGAAGCUUACAUAUACGCUUUCAUUUAAGUGGAAGCUGUGACUAUCUCUGGGCUUCCCCUUUCUUCCCUGUCUACGCCUUACCCUUCAUAUUAGUUUUUCCUACUUUCCUUUCUCAUUCAUUCCUUUCCUCCCUCUCUCUCUCUCUCUCUCUCUCUCUCUCUCUCUCUCUCUCUCUCUCUCUCUCUCUCUCUCUCUCUCUCUCUCUCUCUCUCUCUCUCUCUCUCCAUAACAGUGUUCCUGUUUGGACGAAAUAACAACGAUUUACAUAGUUGUCAAUACUUCCCAGUAAUAUGCAGAUUAAUGUAAAAAAAGAAUCAUUGGGAGAAAAAAGUAUUGACUCGCCUAAAUCUGAAUAAUCAUUAAAUAAAAAUGACUAUAUUAUAUCAGAUUUAUCCAAUAAAUUAUUUCACUGUUGGUGCUAUAUCAAAAUAGAGAUACAGAUGUAUUUAUAUUGAAUUUCAUAUUCAGAAUUAGACUAUUUCUGUCCAUACUUUAAUGUAAUAAUAGUGGUAUUUAAAGUCUCAGUUGGAGCAAUUGUCCAAGCAUUGUCAUCCCGGUUGAUGUGCGUGUGUCAGAUGUCAGUCAGAUGUCACAGAUGACAUGUGGUGUCAGGUGUCAUGUACGAGAUGUCAUAGAUGGUGUCACCUGUGUAACAUGUCACGUGGUUUCAGAUGCCAUAAAAGAUGACAUGUCAUGCAUAAUAUCCUGUGUCAUACAUAUGUGAUGACACGUGUCUUGUAAGAUGCCAUAAAGGAUAACACGUGCCAUGUAAGAUAACAGACAUAUCAUGAAUGAUGUCGCAUGUCAUGUACGAUGACAAACAUAUCAUGAAUGAUGGCACGUGUCAUGUAAGGUGCUCUACAUGUCACCCGUGAUGCUAUGUGUCAUAAGACGUCACGUGUCAUGGCAGGUGUCAGGCGGUGAGUGUCAAGAUUGCUUUCUACUAAUCGGUUAUGUGGCAGCCCACCCACAACAUGUCAAAUAAUUGAAGAUUAAUCACAUAUAUCAGAAUAAAACAUUGAAGAACUAC